UUUCCGGAUAGGUGUUUUACCUACUCCGCCUACAUGACUCACUUCUUCCCAAACGCCUCUUCCAUUUCCAUGGGUUUCGCCACUGCCUUGUCCCUCCAUCUGUAUUGGUUAUGGCUCAGUUUCAAGUUUAUGGUUAAGCUAGAGUGCAACCGGCCGAAUGCUUUGCACCACGAUUUCUCUGUAUAAUAACAAUUUAAAAGGUAUUCUUUUUUAAAUAUUUAUUCAAUUUUUGUUGUCUAUAUCCAGCUCCUUUGUAAUAAUGCAAGUAUUUGGGCGUUUUGGUUAGAUUUCUUUUUUCUUGGACGCUUUCAUUUCAAAUUAAUUUAAUACGUAGUACUUCGGAUUUGUUGAAGUUCAUUUAUACUUUCAGAAGGGCGUCGUCCACAGUCCACUACUAGAAAAGGAAGGAUUAUAACAGUACUAUCUAGUAGUAAUAUCUAUUGCUCCGUAUUAUACUAAGUUUUUUUUUAGAGAAACUUGAAGAAUAGAUAAUGGACUGAUCGAUUUAAGUAGGAAAUUGUGUAUAGCAAUAUAUUAUUCACGUUUGAUAGGAUCAUGUUUUUUAUUUAUUUAUUUAUUACUUCAAUUUCAUAAACUUUGAUCAAAAGCUAAUCGACAUUUAGAUUAAAAAAGGUAAAAGCCCUGUAUCCUUUUUUCAACAAAGAUGGCUUAUAUUAAAAUAUUGGAAACUCACAAAGUAGCAUGAAGACAAACACUCUCAUUUCGGUCACCUGCCCUAGGAUUAGACAUAGAACUGUAUGUGUUACAAACACAACAAUUCGCUAACCUCUCAGCGAGCAACUUGUAGCCUAUUGCGACCAAAAAAGAAAGUUUGCCCCAUAGAACAUCCACAAAUCGGAUGUCCCAGCUGAAAGUCCAAAUGAAAAUUGAAAAACCACCCAGAGUUUUGACUAACAAGUCCAAAACCAACAAAACCGAAAACGAAAUUACUAAUCUGAAAAUAAAGCUGAAAACUGAAAAAAUAAACUGGAGAGCUUGAGCAUUCUCUCGUUAUCCAGAACUCGCCCCACCCUGUUUUUUCCACCAUUUUUCUCAACAUCCAUCAUCAUGUAUGCCUCUCCUGACAACUCCAAUCUACGCCGCUUCUGCUCAGCUACUUGCACAUAUAAUAUGUUGGAUACAGUUUUGAAAUACAAGGAUGUUUUUGUGAGAUUUGAUCUUCCUAGGGAGUUGGAAGAUAUGGGACGUUUGCAUCCCCUUAGUGAUGAGGAUUGGGAGACGCUUAAAUAUCUCGUUAUCUUUUGUAAGAUAUGUGUCGGGCUGGUUGUAUGUCAUAAGUAACACUCUUUUCUUCCACAUAUGUCAUGCACUUGAUUUUUUGGAAAAAUGUGUUGUUAGUAGUUAGCUUGCUAUAAAAAAUAUGGCAACUAAAAUGAAAUCAAAAUAUGACAAAUAUUGGGGUGAUAUUGAAAAGAUGAACAAAUUGAUGUACAUGGAUACCGUUCUUGAUCCGAAUUCUAAGUUGAUUGGAGUGAAGAUUGCUCUUGUUGAUAUUUAUGGUGAAAAGGAUGCACAACCUUUAUUUCAAAAGAUUAAAUGCGCUUAUGAUUUGUCCGAGGAGUAUAGAAGAGUGUUUGCUCUUCCAGUUGUGAUUGAUGAGAAUGGGGUAACUAGUAACUCAAGAGCAACUUCUUCAACCGUUGAUUCUUCUACUUUGAUGAAUCUUGUGACAGAUCGGGUUAAACAAAGGAGUGGGUCACAACAUUUUUCAAGAAGCGAGUUUGAUCGUUACCUUGAUGAAGAAAGAGGGGAUGAGGAAGAGAAGGAUGGUUUGACUUGGUGGAAACUAAACAGUCUUAGAUUUUCGGUAGUAGCGUGUAUGGCUCGUGAUAUAUUAGUAAUCCCGAUAUGAAUUGUGGUAUCAGAGUAUGCAUUUAGUGCAUUAGGGUGUACUUCAGAUCAAUUCAGGAGCUCGUUGACUCUCAAGAUGGUGCAAGCGCUUAUUUACGGUCAAGAUUGGUUUAGAGCUGAUUGGAGAAAAACAAGGAUAGAUGUGGAAGAAAAUUUAAUGGAAUUGCAUGUGGUGGAAAAAGGUGUGGAGGAGACAAGUUGUAUUACUGAAGAGUUGGUUUAUGUUACUUGAAGUCUUGAAGUUGCAAGCUUUAAUAUUCCAUAAUCAUGUUGUUGUGGUUUAUGUUGGUUGAAGUUUUUGUUGCUUGAAAACUUUAAUAUUCGAUACUCAUCUUGUUGUAAACCUAAUACUUUAUGUGGCAUUUUGUAGAUAUUUAGACAUGUGAUUUAUGUUUUGCAAGCAUUUUUAAAAUUUUUAGAUGUGUUGUAACUUGUAAACCUUAC